CGCCUUGCGAGUGUUUCGGUCCUGGAGGCGCUCCAAACGGAGUCCCUUGCCACUACACCUCUAUCAACGCAGCUACGUAGCCUGGACAUUCGUCUCCAUGAUGGGAAGGACCCUCAAUAUUCUAGCGAUGUGAGGAGCGGAGGCUUGCCGCGCAGGCAGAUAGCUGAGUUGUACGGACCUCCCGGCUCCGGAAAGACGGAGUUCUGUAUUCAGCUCGCAGCAAACGCUGUCUGUAAUGGAGGGAAUGUUCUUUGGAUUGGUGCGAGACUAUAUCCGAAUUGCAGCACGAAGCUAUUUCGUCCUCGUUUCGACCAAGUCCUAGCAGCUGUGAAUCCAAAGGCUUCUACAAGUUUCCCAGGCCAGAUGAAAGAGCGAGGGGCCGGACUUCGCCAUCUAGCGACGCCGUCGCUUGCGCAUCUUCUUAGCAUUAUCAAACGCCCUCCUUCACAAUUGGGUCUGGAGAAGAAGAGUCUCAUGAUACUCGAGUCGCUAUCUACAGUUGUGGACCUAGCAUAUCAGCGCCUCACUAAGGAGCAGGAGAAGGAAAAGAAGAAGGAUGGGGCUUGGCGAGGAAGCCGGAAAUACGCUGUGCUCAAUGACGUCGCAUCUUCACUCAGCAAAAUCGCUGCUAUUCAUAAUAUUGCCAUCGUCAUCACAAAUCAAACCAUAACGCGUAUUACGGGAGGUGGUCGAGCUCUGCUCUGUCCAUCAAUAUCAGGACCGGAAUGGGAGAACUGCAUAUCGACGAAGAUGGUAGUGUUUAGAGACUGGGGUCGUAAAAGAGCCACCUCACAGGGCAAUGGUGAAGAUGAAAAAGUUGGCGGUGUGCAUGUCAUUGGACUUUUGAAAGCCCGUGGAGAGAGAUUGGACCAAAACGGCCGUUUUGGUGCUGUAAUUCCGUUCGUCAUUCACGAGCAUGGAAUUGAAGAAGUCGACUUACAACCAUCUGCCAUGCCACUGGCUAUGCCGCUUUCGCCAACGAGGCCAUCCACAAGAGUUCUGGCGGACGUGAUACCCGACUCGGAGGAUGAGCUUGGAUCGGACGGAGAUUUCGAUUGGUUCGAAGAGGCGGACUUUGCAAUGGUUACUGACGAACCGAGUGAGCAGGAGAAGGAUGCUAGCCAGGAAGAUCGCGGAGAGGGCAGGAAAGAACAAGCCGGCUUCGCAAUGUUGGCUGGCGAACCAAGUGGGCAGGAGAAGGAUGUCGGUCAGGGGGAUAACGGAGAGGGUAUGGAAGAAGAAGCGGUGACCUGA